AUGUCCGACUAUCGAGUUCGGGAGGAAAAAAUGAAACGCAGAACGUUCCUUGGCGCUGUUGGUGCGGCGCUUGCAAUUGCCUUCACUUCAGGUGCAAGUCUUGCGGCCGACUGGCCCAAACGUCCCAUCAAUCUCGUGGUGCCCUACAAGGCAGGCGGGGGAACGGACGCCUAUGCCCGCGCGAUCUCCAAGGCCGCGGAAGGCAUACUGGACGUGCCCGUCGUGGUGGUGAACAAGCCAGGGUCUGCAGGACUGAACGGGGCCAAUUCGGCCGUCGGCGCACGCCCGGACGGUUACACGAUGAUGAUGACCUCCGGCGGAUCGUUCCUGCUGUCCACGCUAACGCUCGACACCGACAUCGACGCGCUUGAGAGUUUUCAGUUCGUGGCUCAGGUCGGCCAGUUGCAGACAUCGCUCAUGGUGCCGACCGGCAGUCCGUUUCAAUCCGUUCAGGAUGUAAUUGACGCAGCCAAAGCGGAUCCGGGUUCACUUCGCUGGGCUCAUUCCGGGCGCGGUGGAUUUCAUCAUGUCGGCGGGCUUGGUUUUCUUGCCAGCAACGGCAUCGAUGCACAAGACGUCCCGUUCAAGGGCGGCGGUCCGACCCGUGCGGCCCUGAUCGGCGAACAGGCGGAUUUCGGGUUUCUCGGUGUCCAGCAGCUUGCAGGGUUUGAGGAUCAGCUGCGGGCCCUGGCGGUCAACAGCCAGGAUCGCGAUGCUGUCAUGAAGGACGUGCCGUCCUUCGGCGAACUGGGUAUUCCGUUCGCCGCGGUUUCUUCCCCUGUCAUUGUCUUUGCGCCGAAGGACACACCUGCCGAGAUUGUUUCGGCCAUGGAGACUGCGCUUGAACAGAUCGCGUCAAAGCCAGAAUUCGCAGAAUUGCUUGCGCCUCGGGGUACGGGUCCGGUUUACCAGAAAGGUGUCGAUGCGAAGGCAACCUUGAGUGCGAUGAAAAACGACGCCCGGCCACUGGUCGAGAGCCUGAGCAACUGA